AAUUCUAAAUAAUUAUAGUAUUUGCAGCAUCGACUCUUAGCACGUGGCGCAGAGCUUUUGAAAUUGGGAGACGGCCAUGGAGCGUCUGGAUGAGCUUUGCCUGCAGCUGAUAUUGCAGUAUCUCCGACUGCCCGAUCAGCUGGCCAUGCUGCAGUGCGAUGAGCGUUGCUAUGCGCUGCUGGGCAGCCUCUGGCGUCGUCAGCUGACGCGGAUCGAGCUGAAUCUGCUGCAGGUGCCGAUCUGCACAUAGAUCUUUGAGUUCCUUAUCCUCAAUAGCUGCCGCGAGCUGCGAGUGCUCAGGCUCAACUAUGUGGACAAGGAGAAGUUUGAAGUGCUGGUCAGGCAUAGGUUUCCCAAGCUCCAGAUGCUCCAGAUCGAUGCGCUGCCUCCCUUUUUCCUCUGCCAUCAGAAACAGCGUCAGCUAAAGGAAAUAAUACUCCUUGAGAAACAUGAGGAGAGUGCCGUGAGCCCGGUUGAAUCAUGGACUGCAAAUACAAUAAACAAAAUAUCUUUAAAAUAGCAAAAAUUUUAUUUUAUGUA